GGAAACUUUGUUGCCCCUACUCUUUUGCAAAAAUAUUUUCCCUUGCUUGGCCCUCCUCUCGUGCGUAAACAAAAACGUUGCUUUUAAAAAAAGAAACAGAUAGGUUUGGCUCGCGGUCCCCUGAACGCGGAUCGGGGUCCCUGCAAGAGUUACCAAAUUGAAAAAGAAGGCUGGGUCCGAUUAACCCUUGCCAAGGUUCAAACAGAGGUGCUCAGAGAUGAUCCUGCGCUGAAAAUUGGGUUGGGCUGCAUGACCUCUAACUGCCCUUCCCAUGCUAUGAUCCCAUACAUGGAUCCCGUUUGGAUUUAUUCUUGGAUAAAUGUCAGGCUUGGAUAAAAACUCUGGAUUUCUGAUUCCUCGUUGGCAGAAUUGCACUCUUGGCUUAACGCGCGCAUUUUUGUCUCGUUUCCCAAUAGCAAACUUAACUGGGCACGAUGAGGAGAAAGUGGGGAUGGAAAAUUUUGAACUGCUGAAGGUUCUGGGCACUGGAGCCUACGGGAAGGUGUUCCUGGUCCGUAAACUCACCGGCCACGAUGCCAACAAGCUUUACGCCAUGAAAGUGCUCCGCAAAGCCGCCAUCGUCGCCAAAGCCAAGACGACGGAGCACACGCGCACGGAGCGGACCGUGCUGGAACACAUACGCCAGUCCCCUUUCCUUGUGACGCUGCAUUACGCCUUCCAGACGGAUUCCAAGCUCCAUCUGAUUCUCGAUUAUGUGAGCGGAGGUGAGCUGUUCACUCACUUGUACCAAAGGGAUCAUUUCUCAGAGGACGAAGUACGAUUUUACAGUGGUGAGAUCAUUCUGGCGCUCGAACACCUGCACAAGCUUGGCAUCAUUUAUCGGGACUUGAAGCUGGAAAACAUCUUGCUGGACAGCGAGGGUCACGUGGUGCUGACCGACUUCGGCCUGAGCAAGGAAUUUGUGAUGGAGGACAAAGAACGGACCUUCUCGUUUUGCGGUACCAUCGAAUACAUGGCUCCCGAGAUUGUACGCAGCAAAAGCGGGCACGGCAAGUCUGUGGACUGGUGGAGUUUGGGUAUCCUGGUGUUUGAGCUACUGACUGGCGCGUCUCCCUUCACCCUUGAAGGGGAGAAGAACUCCCAGGCGGAGGUCUCCAGACGGAUCCUGAAGUGCAGCCCGCCUUUUCCAUCGCUCAUUGGCCCCGAGGCUCGCGAUCUGCUCCAGAAGCUCUUGUGCAAGGAUCCCAAGAAACGUUUGGGGUCUGGCCCGAUGGGAGCCCAGGAGAUCAAAGAGCACCCCUUUUUCAGGAGCCUGGACUGGGUCGAAUUAGCAACGCGCCGGCUGAAGCCGCCGUUUAAACCGCUCAUUCGCCACGAGCUGGACGUGCGAAACUUUGCAGAGGAAUUUACCAGCUUGGAGCCCAUUUAUUCUCCAGCCGGGACCCCUCCCAGCCUAGACCGUGUCUUCCAGGGAUAUUCCUUCAUUGCCCCGUCGAUCCUCUUCAACCGCAAUGCUGUGACUGCAGAUGUCUUUGAGGCAGCGCUCGAUGGAGAGCGUCCCGGAAGUUCUGCUGUGGCCCGCAGUGCCAUGAUGAAGGAUUCUUCGUUCUUCCAAAAAUAUGAGAUGGACUUGGUGGAACCCCCCCUGGGUGAGGGAAGCUUCUCCGUGUGCCGCCGUUGCCAACAUCGACAAAAUGGGAUGGAGUUUGCGGUCAAAAUCAUCAGCAAAAGGAUGGAAGCGAAUAACCAGCGAGAAGUGGCAGCUUUGCAGAUCUGCGAAGCCCACCCAAACAUCGUCAAGCUUCAUGAUGUCCAUCACGAUCAGUACCACACAUACCUGGUGAUGGAACUGCUGCGGGGUGGCGAACUCCUGGACCGAAUCAAGAAGAAGCAACACUUCAGCGAGUCGGAAGCCAGCCAGAUCAUGCGCAGCCUGGUUUCCGCCGUCAGCUUCAUGCACGACUCGGGGGUGGUGCACCGGGACCUCAAGCCCGAG